UAUCGUCAAUCUUUGACCAGAAGCUUUCUUCUCAACGAACGUUGGUCUCCCAGAAAAAGCUAGGGUUCAUUGCUAAGCUCUGCUCAAGUUCUCCAGGAUCGAAAUGUCUUCAAGUUCGUUCACCUCGAAUUCAAGGAUGGGUUCAAACCUCUACUACGAACCUGCUGUGUAUUGUAAUUGUGGAUUAAAAGCACCUUUGUGUGUGGGAAGGGAAAGUGGCCGGAAGUUCUAUGGGUGUCAACGAUGGAAAACACAAGGAGGAGGAUGCAAGUUCUUUGCUUGGAAAGAAGAGAGUAAUGCUAAAUGGGAAAGUUCAGAAUUGAGCUGGGAGGAGGGCAGAAAGCUACUUUAUCAGUUAAGAGAUGAAAAUAUGAGUGUUCGUCAUGAAGUGAGUGAGUUACGAGCUGCACUGCAAUCCGAAAUUCAAGAAAGGAGGAAUUGUAUAAUGUUGAUUACAAUUAUAAUUGUAUUUGUUGUGGUAGCA